GAAACGGAUCGCCCUAUGUUUAUCGGCACUUCUAUUUCUACUUCCCCAAUUCUAUCGCAAUAAUGUUCAAGUCCGGCCUCGUCCUGGCCAUGGCAGUGAAUGCUAUCUUCGCGCACCCUCAGAACACUCUUCUAGAGCGAGACAGUACAGCUACAUCCAUUGUUACCCCUACCUCGAUUAAGGCUACAGAAAUGGCUACAACCAGCAUGGCAUCAUUUGACUAUCAUUUGUAUUCGUCUCAGAUCUCCUGUCUUUUCGCGACACCUUACAUGAAUUGCCUAAGUAGUGGACUCGAAAAAGUUACCUACAACGCUAUUCCAAACCCAAGCGAGCUUUGGAAAUUGGCAUGCUCAACCAAAUCAGUUCAAUAUGCUUGCGACCCUAUCUGUUCUGUAACUCUGAAUUCCGACUCAAGCGAUUUCCUAUUUCAUACCUGCACGUCUUACUUUGAGAUCAAGACUGGCUUUAUUUCUCCCACUGCUGUUGCUAGCACGACCAUCGGACCCAACACCAGCACCUCGGCCAUUCCAAGCGCCGGGCGGGGCACGAGUUCCUUAACGAUGGUCAGCAGCUCACCUAAGACCAGUGCAUCUACUGCAACUGCCAACGCUAUAUCCAGGGCUGGUGUAGCUCCUUUUGUUAUGCAGACUGCAGUUGCAGCCGUUGCAGCUGUGGCAGUUACAGAAUUCUCAAAGCUCGAGUCCCCAACACUACUUCCGCCUGCUGCCUAA